CUAAGAUUUCAUUUAUUUAAUAUACUAAUUGCAGAUGACAGCUGAUAUGGAGAUUGAAAUAAACAAAAAAGAACAGUGUGCUCCCAAAGCCACUGUCAGACUAAUUUUGAGAGAAAACCUGUUGAAAGCAAAAGUGGUGGGCAGGGGAACUGCCCUUGGAGGCUGGGACACCCAGCGUGGCAUUAACAUGCCGAGGACAACCAGCAUGGGUGUCCCGUCUCUAAGGGCAGAGUUUCUCCUGCCCAAGGGCUCAAAAAUGGAAUGGAAAUUCAUUAAGCCACAAAAUCCUUACCACCCUGGGUCUGGCUGGACAUGGGAGCCUGAACCCUUUAGGAACAGGUGCCUCCAGGUGACCACCAAGGACAGCAUGGAAGUGACCUGUACUUGGGGAGAACUGGACAUGGAAAUAAAAGUCGAUACCAAAAACACAGAUGAUGAAGGCAUCAAAGAAAAAGUCAAUGUCAAAGACACAACAACCGUGACAGAGGAUGUGAAGGAGAGAGGUAAGACAGCAGGGUUAACAGAAAAGGGAUUUAAUUAUUUAUUAGAUUGA